AUGUCUAAGCUAUACGAUUCACUCAUCAUUGGUUCUGGUCCUGCGGGGCUUUCCACGGCGCUGGGUCUCGGUCGAGUGCAUCGAAGCUGUGUGAUAUUCUCCAACUCUUCUUUUCGCAAUGCAGGAGUUCACGCCGCACAUUCUAUCCUUGGGCACGACGGCAAAUCUCCUGAGCAGAUCCGUCAGGCUGGUCACAGGGAGGUUCAAGCCUAUGGGCACGCCGAGUUCAUCGAGACUUCAAUCGAGACAGUCGCCAUGGAGCAGAGGCAAGCAGGUGAACAUACUUAUAAUGGCUUUGUGGUUGAAGAUGCCAAGGGUCAGAGAUGGAGUGGCCGUACUCUUGUCCUUGCAACAGGUGUAAAAGAUAUAUUUCCCGAUCUCCCAGGUUAUGCCGACAACUGGCCUUCGAACAUCUACCAGUGCAUGUUCUGUGAUGGACACGAGCGUCAUCACCUCCCCAAAGGCAUGCUUGCCUAUCCGAAACUGACUCCAAUGUACAUUAAAUUCGCCACUAUGGCCCAUUUCCUCUCCCAACCUCCAGGUUCGGUCCAGGACCCAGCCUCCCCACUGAAGCCUUCGACAGUGACGCUAUUCACCAAUGGUGCCGCUAAUCCAGACAACGACGAAGAGCUCGCGAAAGGCCUUGAGACCCUCACCGCGCACGGAAUUACGGUUGAUGAGCGACCGGUUGUUAAACUUGUCCCUGAUGCCAAAGAGGGUGUUCACGUGCAUUUCUCCAACUCAGAGUCGGUCUACAUGGGUUUUGUUGUCCACAAGCCUUGGAUACAGCCUUCGGAACUAACACAAACCAUCAUUGAGCAACUCGGUCUCACCACAUCUUCAUCCCUGAUUGGCGCAUACAUUGCCACCACCCCUCCUUUUAAUCAAACAGCCAUACCUGGCCUCUUUGCAGUGGGAGACAUUGGGACGCCAAUGACCCAUGUUACUAUGGCCAUGAGUGGUGGUGCUGCGGGUGCCGCGGGUGUGUCACAUUACUGUAAUGAUCUAGACGACCAGAUCGCCCUGCACCGAUAUCGAGAGCAUCCUGGUCAAGCUAAGCAGAGCGGCUUACCGGUUGCAUAG